AUGGCGAUGAAAUAUCGUCCGCCGGCAACAAACAUAGAGAGGCUGAGGCAGACGUUGCACCGGCUUCAACGCCAACUCAAGAUCCUCAACGGUGAACCUUGGUCGAUGCAAAAGGAUGCGGAGGAAGUGUCGUGGGAUCCUAGCGAGGCCCUAAUGCUGGACAAAGACAAGCUCGCGCCUCCACGUAGCGAGCUUGAGAUGAUUGAGCAGAAGAUCUUGGAGGUCAAGCGAGACAUUGAGAACGCUAGGAAGCGACCUGGCUCUGUCGUUGAUCUCUUCCGACGUUGUCGAUCGGCAGAGGGGUACCCCCUUGGUCCUGAAGCAUCGUCCGACUACAUUCCUUUCCUGUCUAAAUCGACCUCAUACACGGCCUCGCGCAAGCUCAAACUAUGCUCUAGGAGUCGCCUGUCAUCAGGGCAGCACAAGAAAGACGCUGCCAAGUCACCUGAGACGAGCGAGAGCUCCGUCGAUAGCGACGAGAAGGCGAGGAGGCAAGUCUCAUGCCUCCUGUGUAUCCGCUGUCUGAUGAGGCCGAACAGCAUGCAGCACGAGGACCUGCAUCACUUCCUCAGACGACCGGAGAGCGCUCCCCCCUCCCUGCUCGGGCAUCAGGUCGUCAAGGGUGUGACGAAGCUCUCGUUCAAACCAGGUGGGGCCGAGGAGCGGAUCUUCCAUGUUGUCCCCCAAGAGCCCUCCCACCGCAGCCACGACAUGCUCAACCCGCUCCCUGCGUCGCUCCCGCACCGGAAGUUUCAAGUGGACGAAGCUGGAAACCGCGAGAGGUUGAGCAUGGGAGCUACCUACGUGCUCCGAUUCCCCCUCCAAGACCAUUUCAAGUAUUUUGCGGAAGGCAGACACUUCGCGGAGCCCAACAGGUUGAACUCAUCCCAUGAGGGCAUGAGCCUAGUCUCCUUCUUUGCGCUCCUCAGAAACACUGGUGGCCUCCUGCCCCCUGAAGAGUUCUGGCUGUCGCAGGACGAGCAGGUGCAGAAGAAGCUCGGAGGGCUGGGGACGCUGGCAGUGCUGAGCCAUCAGGAUCAGCAGGCUGAGAGGCUCAGCAAGUCAGCAGCCGCCAUGGCGUUCAAGUUGGCAUCGAGAAGAACAGAAACGAGCUCCGGGGACAAGAGCACGCUCAACAUCGAGCAGUUUAAGGCCUGUCCUCAGACGUGCGUAAAUAUCCUCAAGGAGAAGUUCGAGGCUCCGAUGUGGAUCGAGAAGGACGUGGAUGGGAGUGAAAGAUUGUGCGUCGUCACACCGACGGCAAGCAUGGUGCAGGAGAAGAGGGGAGAGGGGUGCUCGAGGCACGUCGGCUGGCGAGCUUACUUCAAGGGCAAGAUGACGAGAGAGAAGGAGGAAUUUCUAGCUUCAUUCAUGGCGAGAGAGCGACGGCCCUUCAUGGAUCCAUGGCGGGGGAUGAAAGAAUCGAUCGCCAAGCUACCACCCAAGCUACACUUGACUAAAUAA